CCAUGAGCCGUAGGGAAGUCGUCCUCGAGGUCGUCUCGCUGGCCGCUUUGGUGACCCGUCGCCCUCCAAAGGCCAAAGCAACCAACUAUGCAGUUAGAUAGCCGCCUUGAGUUAAUCAGAGCUAGUCUCCGUUGCGCCCUCGUCCGAUCAAAUCAUGGAGGCCGUGAGCACGAUCCUGAAGGUGGCUCAGCAGAUCGCCAAGGCGGCGGAGACGGCCCGCCGGAACAGGGCGAGAUGCCGCGAGCUCGCCGCCCGCGUGCAGAGCAUCGGGGACAGCCUCCGCCGCGACGCCUCCUCUGCCGCCGUGUCCGCCGCCGCGUCGAGGACGAGCGCGCUGGGCAGGCUCAAGGCCGCGCUGGACGACGCGCUCCAGCUCGUCGAGUCCUGCCGCCGCCGGCAGACCGGCACCGGCUGGCUGCUCGCCUUGCUCACCAGCGGCAGGACGGCCGCCAAGUUCCAGCGCGUCGAGAAGCGGAUCACUGACUGCGGCGUGGACCUCGGACUCGAGAAGCUCCUGCUCCUCGCCGCCGCCGCCGAUCGCGAUCGCCGUCCCCGCCGCCCGGGGAAGGAGAAGGGGAAGAAGAAAGACGGCGGCGGCAACAAGCAGAGCAGCAACGGCACGGACAACCGCAGCAACAAAGGGAAGAAGAAACAGAAGGACGUUGCCAAGAACGGCAACAAGAAUGGAAAUGGCGGAGCUAGCAACAAUAAGAAUAAGAACAAGGGAGCUGGCGGGCAGCAGAAAGGCAGGGGGAUUAACGCCGGCGGGAAGCUCGCGGCCGCAGCACGGGCGCCGCCGGGGCCACGCUACGUCGUGCACUCCAUGGAGGACGACCCCAAUUCCUGCUCAGUGAUGUGACCCAAGAGCAGUUCGGGCGACCGGGAGUUCCUCGAGGUGCUCCUGCUGCAAUCUUCGCUGACUAUGGUCUUCGCAUGUGAUGGGCUGGCUGGGCCGAUUUUUGUAUCUUGACGGAUAUUUAUGUACGUAUUUACGGAGAUGGGCGUUGCUCUUUUUGUUUCCGAAAAUUUCUCUGGCCUGACUUGCAAACGUAGCAGGAUUCGAUCA